AGCGGCGUGUGGGCCGGCCGGGCAGCGCUCCCGCCCCGCCUGCCCGUCCUGCCGGCCCGGCGCGCCGAGGCCCCGCGGCCGGAAAGAUGCUGCCCCUCUCCAUCAAGGACGAUGAGUACAAGCCACCCAGGCUCAACCUGUUCAGGAAGAUAUCGAGCUGGUUCAGGUCUAUCCUGGCGGACAAGACUUCCCGCAACCUCUUCUCCUUCCUCUGCCUCAACCUGUCCUUCGCCUUCGUGGAGCUGCUCUACGGCGUCUGGAGUAACAGUUUAGGUCUAAUAUCAGAUUCCUUUCAUAUGUUUUUUGACUGUACUGCUCUAUUGGCUGGAUUAGCAGCUUCAGUUAUUUCAAAAUGGAGGUCAAACGAUGCUUUCUCAUAUGGUUAUGUUCGAGCAGAAGUACUUGCUGGUUUUGUAAAUGGUUUAUUCCUCAUCUUUACAGCAUUCUUCAUUUUUUCUGAAGGUGUUGAGAGAGCACUUGAGCCUCCUGAUGUGCAUCAUGAGAGACUUCUUCCUGUUUCCAUACUGGGAUUCAUUGUAAAUCUUAUAGGAAUAUUUGUUUUUCAGCAUGGAGGUCAUGGGCAUUCACACGGCUCUGGGCAUGAGCACAGCCAUUCUCUAUUUAAUGGUGGUCUGAGCCAUGGGCACAGUCAUGGAGAUCGUGGGCACGGCCAUGAACACAAACAUUCCCAUGGACACUCUCAUGGUCACGGCCAUAGCCAUGGACACUCUCAUGGUCAGGAUUAUUGUCAUGAUGACCAUUCUCUUGAAGUAAUAGGCGGAUCCAGCAAACAGAUUUUACAAGGUGUAUUUCUGCACAUUGUGGCAGACACACUCGGAAGUAUCGGUGUAAUCAUAUCUGCUCUAUUGAUGCAGAACUAUGGUCUAAUGAUAGCAGAUCCUAUUUGUUCUAUGCUGAUAGCAUUACUUAUAGGUGUAAGUAUUGUUCCACUUCUAAAAGAAUCCAUCGGGAUUUUGAUGCAGCGAACUCCUCCUUCUCUGGAAAAUGCCCUGCCUCAAUGCUACCAGAGGGUGCAGCAGUUGCAAGGAGUUUACAGUUUGCAUGACCCACAUUUCUGGACCCUCUGUACUGAUGUUUACAUAGGGACUUUGAAGUUAUUAGUAGCUCCUGAUGCUGAUGGAAGGUGGAUUCUAAGCCAGACUCACAAUAUUUUUACUCAGGCAGGAGUAAGGCAGCUUUACAUACAGAUUGAUGUUGCAGCCAUGUAGUGAAUUUCUGGAAUGGGGCUGUUGGACCAAAGUUUUCAGUACUGUACUGCUGUAAGAAGACUUCGUGAGACAGAGCCUGCCUCCACCACAUCUGGAAUCGACUGAAUGGAUUUCUGCCCUCACACUAGAUGGACUUCACUUCUAAGGAGUAAAUAUUGAAUGAAUGUUACGGACUUUGGGUCUUGUUUUUUUUGGGGCCCCUAAACUUGUAAGUUUUUGAGGGUUUUUUACUAAAUAAGAUUGUGGUACUGGAAACCCUGUCAUGUCUUCAGUAAAGCUGCUGAAACCACUGCUCAUUCCCAUAAAACCAGUGUUAUCGACAAUUGGAAACUUGUUUUGUAGACAAUGUCACAACAGCUGACAUGCUUCAAUAUAAUUGCAUGUUUGUACAAUUGUUUGUACUUUGCAAACUUAAUGAACCAAACCAUAUUGGGUUUUCAAAGUGCCUUUUUUAUCAGGAGAGCUAUUUGCCAGCAUAAAUAUGGAGCAUCAAAGGGUUUUAUUACUUUUACAGAUAAUCUUUUAUGCAGUCUGAUUAUUUACCAGUGAUGUAUGUGGGGGGGGUUGUGUACUUGCAUAACUGUAGAUGUUAGACUUCCAUUAUAUUUGCAUCUUACCAGACAGGAAAGUUCUAAAUGUAAAAGASAAAGCUGUUGUGAAGAGACUUGCUUGUGAAACAAGCUGGGUAUUUUGUUGCACAUGUCUUGUGAAAAUUAUUUUAGUCAAAAUGUUAGAUUUAACUCCAAUUCUUAGUCUCUUCAUACUGUUGAGAGUAAUGAAACAUUACAUGAUGCUGCUCAUGUUCAGUCACUUAAACAACGGGCAGCUGAAGGAAGAUGCUGGUGAUGGAAGUAAUGCUUGAAGUUUUUUAUUUUCCAAAUUAUGUGGUGGAAAAAACUAAAUCCUGAAAUUGUGAAAGCUUAAGUCUCCUUGAUUAUAAUAGGUUGUAAUAAUUUUUAUUAAAGUGAUCAAAUUCAAAUUUUGCCUUUCCAAAUACAGAAAAAAAGUUAUUUCUGGUGGUUAUACCCAAAAUGGAAAUAAGGACCAUGUUUCAUGCUGUUUAAUUAAGCUUAUGCUUUUUCCAGGUUGACAAAUCUUACAUCUUUGACUAUUUUACUGUAGCCUUGUAUGUUUUCAUGUGGGAGAAAAUCCUCAGYGCAGUAAGGGUUGUUAGAUUGGGGUUUUUUCCCAGGAACAUUAGUCUGUCAUGUUUUUUCUAGUAUUUGUAAUAAUUUUACUCAGAUAGCCAAGUGUUUCAAAAGCAGUCUGCUAUGCCUGCUAUUACAGAUGAUAGUUCCACUCUGCUGUAAUAGUUUACUUAGCAAUGGAAGACCUUUUAAGAGGACAUUUUACAGACAGAACAUGGUGGAGUAAAAAGCAAGAUUUUCUGAGAAAUCAUGGAUGCCACUGAUUGGUAUGGAUUUUAUGUUCAUUUUGGUACCUCUCAGUGGUAAUACUAAAAUCAAGACCCUCUGAAGCUGACAAUGCCUGUGUAGUAAGUGCUAGGCACUAUGAAAUUACUGAAGAUUGAUUUGCAGAAAUGGUUUGUUUGCCACUGAUAUUGUUGAAUUCAUCACAGAUAUGAAGAGUUUCAUUCAUUCAUUCCAUUGUUCCUAUAUAGCACCUGAUUUCUUUUAAUGUGAAAACACAAUUCUUGCCAAAUUUUUUAAGUGGUACCUGAAUUUUCCAGAUGAGAUAUUGAAACAUGAAUGUUGAUUUUGUACAAAUCUUGGGGGUGUUUUCUUGUGCUUGGAACUGGCUGCAAAAAAAAAARACAAAAACCAAAAAACGGCAGUACAAAGCCACCUGUAAUACUGGUUUUAAUCUUUGUAGUCUCUUCCACUCUCCAGAUCCUUCCAUUGCCGAUUUCCAAUCCUGUUUGCUUUCCCUGGGCAUGGAUGCUGGUGCAGAGUGCCCUCCCAGCUGGCUGCAUGUUCACAUCUCUCUUUCCUGGCCUCCUGCCUGGCACUCUGUCAGGCUCUCUCCCUGUCCCACCUUGCAGAUGCUCUGCCAGGCCUGGAGUUCCUGAUGGAAAGGAGCUGGAGGUUACACAGCUCAGGGUAGGGUGCAAGAUUCUGUUGAGCAGAUUUGAGCACUGCAGUUUAAGAUACCAUGUGCACGUAUGUUCACAGACAAGGUGAUUAAAAUCUGGUAGUGAUUAUAGGGUGCAGGUACUGUUUUGGAGUGUGUUGCAUGUAGACUGCUCCUUGCUGGSUGCCAGCAGGGCUUCCUCAUUUUUUAAUAGUUACUAGCAUUGCUAUUUGAGGCUAGAGAAGAUCAACUGAUACCACUUUCAAGGCAAGCCCCAGACAGAUUCAUUGCAAUUGUUUCAUGAUCCAAGAGCAGGCUUUGGUUUAAGUCAUCUUUAAACCAGCAUGUUUCAGGACUGACUGUUCCAGGACUUGUUGAAAUACUGUUGUGCUGCCCAAGUUGCCGAGCUUGGCCACUGUUGUAGUUUCUUGAUGAAAAGACAACUGCUACUAUUUAUUUCCAGGUGAGAAUCUGGCCGAGUGGCAGUUUGUUUGGUGGUGGUGAUGGUAUUCUUUUAAAUGUACAUCCACAAAAUUUUUUAAUAUGGGAAUGGAGUGUAAAAGCCUAUAAACUUGKUAUAAUUAUACAAGGAUUUUAAUAACUUUUGGUAAAUUUUUUUGCUUGUUAUUAAUUUAGCUGAUUGGCAGAAGCAUAUGUACAAGUUUGAAUUUUCUAGCCCAGCAAGAUAGCACUUCAUUAUUUUUAAACUUUUAUAGUAURAAGUGUACCAUUUGUUUGUCAAAUAUAAUUGGGGAUACUGUAGGAAAGUCAGAUAUAAAAUAGACUUUAAGCCUUUUUAGGCUUUCUGAAAAAGGAUAASCAUCAUAAAAUUCUAAAAAAGAAAUGUAUGACAUGUUCAUUCAGUAACUGCAGUCGCAUCUAGUAUGUUAGUAGACAAGGGACAUCUGAUUUCUUUUUUCACCUACUAAGGGGAUACUUGCUCAGGUUUUAGGAGAGUACAAACCAUGCAAUUGAAAGUGCAGCUUUCCUUACCCUGAGAGCCAAGGCACYAUUGUGUUUUGCUAAUUACUUAACACUUGGCUGCUUAUGUAACACUUUACUAUUGACACUUUAUUGCAGAUGCAAGGCAUGAUUUAAACAAAGACUUGUGUGAAUGACUGACAUCCAGAGAUGGAUGAAUGUGGAUCAUGUGCUAAACUCCACUUCCUGGUAUCCACUACUCGAUUUUGAAUCAAGUUUUCAAAGYAUGAUUUCUCACAGUAGCCAAGUAUGUAGCUGAUGCUUACUGUGGGGUUACUGGUCUUUGUGGAUUGUUUUUUUUUUUUUUUCCUGUGACUGAAACCAGUAAAACUAUUGUUCCAAAGACCAAGCCUGCAAACUGCAUGAUUUUUACCACACCUACAGCAAAAUAAGAAGAUAAAACAAAUGUUACAGAGUGUCUGUAUUAAAAUGCCUYAGUGUCUUUUGUGCUAAAUAACAGUGGAAGAAAACUCCUCUUAUGAACAUGCACAGUAAGGACUGGUUCUUUAUAAGUUAAUCUGRUAAGUCUACAGCUCUGAAUAGAUUGGCUCCUUACAUCAGGAAGGCCCCUACAGACAGCUGAGUUACUUGUGUGAUUUGCUAAGCUAAGGCGAAAAGUAAAUAAAUGACUGCUUUUUAUGUAAUAAUGCUUACUAAAGCAAAAGUCUAGUUGCAUCAUUAGUAAAAGCUGCUGACACUAUUUUUACACGAAAAUUGAAGCUGCUACUACUAAUAAAAUGGACCUUAGUGACUUAACAUACUUAAUUUUUUUUAAGAAGUAAAGCUUCAUUUAAAGGUGAAGGAAAGUUAGCGGUUUCUUUUGAAGUGUUGUAAGUGAACCUGUUUUGAGAAUGUAAACAACAUACAAAAGGGGAGAAGCCACUGCUGAACUGCAGUUUUCCACCCUUUGCACACAUUGUGCAAACGAAUUGUAAAGUCCAUGGCUUUUCUUUCACAGUGCAGAUUUCCGUUGCAGUUGCAMAGUGCAGAUUCUCACUUGCAUGCUUCUAUAAAAAGCAAACCCUUAUCCUUUUUCAUGAAACAAGGUCUUUAAAUACCAUUUAAAGCAUUAAACUUAUUAACAAUUUUUAUUMAUAAUUACACCCUAUCCUGUUUGUUCCAGCAGCCAUCAGACUGCCACUUGCUAUGAUUCUUGAUUAUCCCACCCUUUUAAGCAGGAUUAUUUUUUUUU